CAUAUUUAAAGUAAGAUAGACAUAUAGGAGCUCAAAUUUUAAAGCGAGUAAGAAAGAGAUAAUAAAGUGUAGAUACGCGCGUGCGUGGAGAGACCUAAUUAGUUUGGUUUGGUGACUCUAAUCUUGGCAGGAAAAAGCGAGAAGCAUCGAUCCCCGAGAGAACCUGCGAAAUAUUGUAGCGCCUGUGGAUAUUAUCAUUCAUAAUUUACUGGCAAAACUCCGUCUGGUGACGAGAAGUCUUUAGAUAAAAUGUCCGAUUUAUUUUUCUACAGUUUAUUUUAUAUUUUGAUCUCCGGAUGUAUCGUGUAUCCACCGAUAGAAUUUGUUGCAGCGGGAUUAACUAUCAAAGAUGUUUUCAGAGAUGUUCUCGGAUGCGAAAAUGAGUUUUUUAUACAAUAUCACAUUAGAAGAAGCGUAUUAACGUUAUUCAUACACUCCAUGCUUCCUUUAGAUUACAUUAUGGGAUUAAUGUUCUACGGUCAUUUGGACGUUGGAAAAUGGGUUUACAGUGGCGAGAAUCCUAUUGGAUUAAUAAUUGUUGUCUUCGUCACGGUUGGAACUUUGUAUACAUUGAAUAAGAUUUGUGAAUGGUAUAUACAUAAUUGGGAGUCGCAUCCAAUAGCGCAGAAUCUUUCUGUGUACAGCAACAAUAACAUAUCAUGGCUAGAUGUUGCCGCAGACAUCAACAAAGAAUAUCGAAGAGUAGAUAAAACUGAUAUUAUUACAAAUGGUGUAACUCGUAUUGUAGCAACGGAUAAUUGGAUCAUUAAGAUCACUCCUUACAAGUUACAAGUGAUACAUCAGAGCGAUGCCACUUUGAUAGUGAAUCAAUGCGAUACACAUUUGAUGUCAGCUAUAACAGGAGAUCAAGUUCAAUUUAUUAAUAUUCAAGUAAAAUCUAUGCGAGCAACAGCAGAACCAUUUGACAUCAGAUUAAAUGCAUUGGAUUUUAAAGAGCUGCAAGAUAAAGUUAUACGGCCAAUCAUUAUACCACAAAAUAUAACAUUCCAUAAAACCUUGCUCGAUAGAUUUAUUAGUACUUUCAAAGAAGAAGCUAAUAAAAAUCCAGUUUACAAUACUGCCCAGGAGUUGGAUCAGUGUGUAGGAUGUAUGCAAGUAACUGCAAAUAUGAAAUUGAACAAAACAUGUGACGACGUUACCGAAAGUAGAGAUGCUAAUAGCUGUACAAUGUGCUAUUGCCGUCCAAUGUGGUGUAUAGAGUGUAUGGCAAAAUGGUUUGCCUCAAGACAAGAUAAAAAUGCUCCCGAAACGUGGCUAUCCUCUAAAUGUACCUGUCCUGUCUGUAAAGCGAAAUUUUGUAUCUUAGAUGUAUGUAAUAUAAGGACUGUGGAUGAAUAACACGUUCAUGGCCGUUGACGUAAUGCUACGUUCUUUUAUGGUUAAAGUUGAGGGCCGCUUAUGUUGUGCUGUUUUCAUGAUAAUUGAUGGAAAAUUUAUUUAAUUAUUCGUUU